GAGCAGGAAUCCGUUCGAUAAUAUCUGAUCUUUUAAAUUAAAUAAGUAGAUUAGAAGUUCUUUCCGAUAAGAUUCUUUAUGUAAAACGCACACGUUUUAGUUGAGCGUAGAAAUUUGUAGUGGUUUUAGUGAAUUUUAGUAAAAUAACUUGAACAAAGAGCAUUAGUUUGUUGGUAUUUUGUUGCUAAAGUCAAUAGCUUUGUUUCGACAGUUUUUUGCAUUGUUGAAGUUGAUUAAUGUAUCAGCAUUCUCAAGGAUGACGACAGUUAUCCGGCCACUGCUAGUAUGCGGCCCUUCUGGCGUCGGAAAGAGCACACUUGUCAAGAGAAUCCUGGAGGAAUUCCCAGACAGAUUUGGAUUCUCCGUUAGCCACACGACGCGAAAACCCAGACCGGGCGAACAAGAUGGCGUCCACUAUCAUUUCACCGAUGUGGAAGUCAUGAAGGAAGCCAUUGCCGAAGGCAAGUUCCUAGAAAAUGCAGUAUUCAGCGAAAAUAUGUACGGCACCAGUAAGAAGGCAGUACAGGAUAUCGCCAACCAAGGUAAAGUAUGUAUAUUGGACAUCGAUGUCCAAGGCGUAAAGCAAGUCAAGACCACCGACCUUAACCCAUGGAGUAUUUUCGUCAGGCCUCCCACGUUGGACGUCCUUAAGGAGAGACUGUUACAAAGGAAAACAGAGACAGAACAGAGCUUGCAGAAGAGACUGAGCUUCGCCGAGGGUGAGAUGGAGUACGGAUCUAAUCCCGGUAACUUCGAUCUCGUCAUCGUCAACGACGACUUCGAAGCUGCUUACAAAGAGUUCAGAGAUUUUAUCGUUAACAAUGUAUUAGUAUUCAAAGGCAAUAUGUAAACGCUUGUAUUAAUCAGUAUCAUUCCUUUUUUUAUAUAUAAUAAUUAUUAUUAAAUGUUUUGGUUACGCUGCUAAAA